AUGGUUGAUGGCAAUUUUAUGUGUCCUCAGGUGAAACGAUCGUUUGAUGAGAAGUGUGCUCUGUGGGCAGUACGAGUAGAAUACCCUGAUGAUGGAUUCACCUUAGAGCAGGUCAUGCGGUGCAAAAUUGCUCCGAUGCCGAACAAAANUAACCUCUGUCUUCGCGAACUUGAAAGUUCUCAGGUUGUGCGUUAUUUUGGUGCUCCUGUGCUAUCGUCAGGCUUCUUCUUCUACGCCAAAACCUGA